AUGGCCAGUAUCACGCAGCUGUUCGAUGACCUGUGCGAGGCCCACCUGCCGGCCGCCACGCUGCACCUGGGGCAGCGAGGCCUGGACCGGAGGAGGGCGAAGCAGAGCCUCAGGAAGGUGGCCUACGACGUGCUUUUCGCUAACCUCUUCCAAGACGGGGCCCCUCGGCUGCAGCCCGACGCCCCCAGACUCCCGGUGCGAAACAAGAUCUACAUGCUGUCCUUCAACCUGAGAGUGGGCGGCCUGGGCCCCGAGGCCGGCCGCCUGGAGGACCUCGUGGCAGCGCUGCAGGACGCCCCUGGCUGUCCGCUUGCCGAAGUGUCCUCCGCCCUGGACCUCCUGGUGCAGCUGGCAGGGACGGGUCCCCCGCGGCCACCGCCCCGAAGGUGGGGCAGCCUCAGCAGCAGGGCUGCGGGCAGAAGCCUUGCGUGUAGCGGCUAUGACUGCGAGGGCUUGAGGGGCCUCGAGAUGGACGUGAGGGCCCAGAUCCUCAGAGAGGAGGCUCUGUGCCAGGACACGGUUCAGAAGAUGCUGCAGGUGAUGGAGGCCGCGCCGGGCACCGGCCUGCCCACCCUUGGUCGCUUCUCACCCCGUGACUCCUGUGACAAGUUUGACAGACACACCCAGGCCUCGCUGUUUGGCGCCCUUGUGCACAGCCGCACGUUGGACAUGGAUGUCCGGCUGGAUCUGCCCCCAGUACCAGACAGCGCAGACCUGCUGGGACUUGCCAUCAAAGUUCCUCAGAGCAUAGAUCAGUCAGAAGAUGAGGGGUUCCAGUCAGCAUCUAACUUGACUCCUGACUCCCAGUCUGAACCAAGCGUAACCCCGGACCUGGACCUGUGGGAGGCGGCACUCACCUACGAGGCCAGCAAGCGGCGGUGCUGGGAGAGAAUUGGGUGGCCUCCUGGCCACAGAGAGGCCCCUUACCUCACUGAGGCAGGAAGAGACGCCUUCGACAGGUUCUGCAGACUCUGUGAGGAGGGACUGCAGGUGCUCGGGGGGAGCCACUUCACAGCCCCACAGCGCAUCCUGGUGCAGGAGCAAGAGCUGGUGAAGGACACGCUGAAUGUGCUCAUUGGAGUCGUGUCUGCCACCUUCUCCCUCUGUCAGCCGGCACAGGCCUUCGUGGUGAGGCCAGGCGUGUACGUGUCAGGGGCAUCUCCUGAGAGCAUGCACAGCCUCCUCUCUGAGUUGGCCGCGUGUGGGACCUACUACAUACGCCUGAGCCACUUCUCUCUGCAGCCAGUGCUGGACAUCUCCUGCAGCAAGGGCCUUGUGUUUCAGGCUUUCACCAGUGGUGUGAGGCGUUACCUGCAGUAUUACCGGGCCUGCGUGCUCUGCACCCCACCCACCCUCAGCCUCCUGACCAUCGGCUUUCUCUUCAAGAAGCUAGGUCGUCAGCUAAGAUACUUGGCUGAGCUCUGUGGUGUGGGUGCUGCUGGUGGAGGGCCCAGGGCUGACUUCCCCACUGGCGUGAAGCUGCUCUCAUACCUGUACCAGGAGACCUUGGACAACUGCAGCAAUGAGCACUACCCGGUCCUGCUGUCCCUGCUCAAGACCAGCUGUGAGCCCUACACACGCUUUAUCCAUGACUGGGUGUACAGCGGGGUCUUCAGGGAUGCACACGGCGAGUUCAUGAUCCAGGUGAAUGAUGACUACCUCAGCUUCAGAGAUAAGUUUUACUGGACCCAUGGCUAUGUGCUCAUCUCUGGAGAGGUGGAGGACUGUGUCCCCGUGUUCUUGAAGCACAUUGCUAACGACGUGUAUGUGUGCGGGAAGACCAUCAACCUGCUGAAGCUCUGCUGUCCCCGGCAUUACCUGUACUGGUCAGACGUCCCUGUUCCUCGGAUCUCUGUCAUCUUCUCCCUGGAGGAACUGAAGGGGAUUGAGAAGGACUGUGCCGUGUAUGUGGGGCGGAUGGAGAGAGUGGCCCGCUACAGCUCCGUCAGCAAAGAGGAGAAGGAACUACGUGUGGAAAUUGCAAAACAAGAGCUGAUCGUCCAUGCCCGAGAGGCGGCGUCCAGGGUUCUGAGCGCCCUGAGUGACCGGCAGGUGUCUGAGCACGCGGCCCUGGAUGCUCGGAAGCGAGAGCAGUUUCAGAGGCUCAAAGAGCAGUUUGUGCGUGACCAGGAGAGGCGCCUGGUGGCCAAACAGGAAGAAGCUGACGAUGACUUCAGUUACGCACGUGAGCUCCGGGACCGGGAGAAGCGGCUGCAGGCCUUGGAGGAGGAGCUGGAGCGGAAGGCGAGGCAGGCGCUGGUUGAUCACUACAGCCGGCUGUCUGCUGAGGCGGCCCGCCGGGAACAGAAGGCGCUGUGGAGGCUGCAGAGGCGCCGGCUGGGGGAGGCACGCCGCAGUUUCCUCCUGGGAGAGCAGACACGCCUGCAGGAGCUGCUGAAAGACGCAUCUGAGGGGACAAACCUGCAGCUGCUGGACAAGCGUGCCCCUGCUGAGCACCUGCCCGCAGUAGGGCCGGGACGCCCCCAGGCUCUGUCCUCAGGUGUGCAGCUCCCAGGUGGAGGCCAAGGCCUUGGUCCUGAACCUGCAGAAGCCUCCGGAGCCACAGUGGGGGCUGAGCCUUUCUGUGCUGGCCUGCACAUCCGUGACUUCUUACCCUCAGACCUGAAGACACAACAGUCUGGGGAUCCCAGCCUGGCUUUUGUGGUGGGAAAGACUGAGGGGGGUGCUCCUGUGUUUGGGGAGACUCCUCCAGGGGAGGCCCCUCUGCUGGAGCAGGCACUGUGUACUAUAAGCUCAGACCUCCCUUCCUUGGCUCCAGGGGAGGUGCCCACGGUGGCCAGCAGCCAGCCAUCCCAGGCACAAGAAUACGACUUCAGUACCAUUCUGAGGCCAGCCAUGGCUGUCCCGGACUCUCCAGAAUCAGUCCAGACUACAGAAGGAGAGGAGGGGCCACAGCUACAGGGGGUCACUUACAGGAAGUUGGACUCCUGGGUCCCCAAAGUGUUGGAUCUUGGACUUGCUGAGGAGGGGAGCAAUGGGACCCUGGACCAGCUCCUUGAGCAAACAUCUGAAGGCAGUGCUUCCUCUGUGGAUAAUGUUCCUGAAACAGUCCCGUCCCGGCCACGCUGGAGCGUCCACGGCCACGUGUCAGAGGCCAACAUCAAGGUUGGGGAGAACGUUUCAGAGGUGACCCCCUCCCGGCCACGCUGGAGUGUCCACGGCCACGUGUCAGAGGCCAACAUCAAGGUUGGGGAGAACGUUUCAGAGGUGACCCCCUCCCGGCCACGCUGGAGUGUCCACGGCCACGUGUCAGAGGCCAGCAUCAAGGUUGGGGAGAAUGUUUUGGCUGUGGCCCCGUCCCGACCUCGCUGGAGUGUCCACGGCCACGUGUCAGAGGCCAGCAUCAAGGUUGGGGAGAAUGUUUUGGCUGUGGCCCCGUCCCGACCUCGCUGGAGUGUCCCCAUCUCUCAGUCUCACACAGCUCUGGACACAGUCUCAGAGGAAGCUGAACUCGCCACUUCUGGGCUCGGCCAGGGUCCUUCUGGCCAUGAGGUCCAAUCACACCUGCACACUCAGAGCCCCUCCCUGGGACAGCUGGCAACAGAGACAGUGCCAGCACUGUUGGGUGCUUCCCCACUGCAGGGGUCCACCCCAGUCAGUGUGGAGGACAGAGGUGUCCAGGCUGAGUCCUGUGCUGUGGCCAGUCUUGUCCCCGUCACCCUGGGAGAUUGUGACUCCAAGGAUCAUGGUUCUGAGGGGCUGCUGCUGACCUGGGUGACUCUUCAGGCAGGUGGGGACACCCGGGCCCCCCUUGAGGGCCUGGCAGAGCGCUACCAUCUGGAGCAGUAUCCCGACAGCUUCGAGGCCUUGUCUGAGCCUCCGGCUGCCCACCUACUGCCCCAUAUCCUGCCCCGCUCCUUCUCCUUCCCCGCGGCCCCCGGGGCCCAGCCCGGCACAGACGAAACCACAGUGCAGCUGAGUGAGCUGCUUACGCUGCCUGUGCUCCUGAAGCGCUCGGUGUCUGCUCCGCUGGCGGCCCACGUCUCCCUGGUGAACAAGGCUGCGGUCGACUACUUUUUCGUGGAACUCCACCUGGAGACGCACUUGGAGGCCCUGCGGCACUUCCUGCUGAUGGAGGAUGGCGAGUUUGCACAGUCCCUCAGCGACCUGCUCUUUGAAAAGCUGGGCUCAGGGCAGUCGCCUGGGGAGCUCCUCAACCCGCUGGCACUGGGCUCGGUGCUGAGCAAGGCCCUGCAGUACAGCCUCCACGGGGACAGCCCCCUGGCUGCCAACCUCUCCUUUGCCCUCAAGUUCCUGCCUGAGGUGUUCACGCCCAACGCCCCUGACGUGCUGAGCUGCCUGGAGCUCAGGUACAAGGUGGACUGGCCCCUCAAUAUCAUCAUCACUGAGAACUGUCUGAGCAAGUAUGGCCGCAUCUUCUCCUUCCUGCUGCAGCUGAAGCUCAUGAUGUGGACCCUCAAGGACAUCUACAGCCACCUCAAGCGCACGGCACUGGUCGGCCAGGCGGCCCGCUCUGUGCAGCUCCGGCAGCUGCAGCUCUUCAAGCAUGAGAUGCAGCAUUUUGUGAAGGUCAUCCAGGGCUACAUCGCCACCCAGAUCCUGCAUGUCACCUGGUGUGAGUUCAGGAACAAGCUGGCCUCUGUGGGCACCCUGGAGGAGAUCCAGCGGGCCCAUGCGGAGUACCUCAACAAGGCUGUGUUCCGGGGGCUGCUGACCGAGAAGGCCGCGCCCGUCAUGAACAUCAUCCACAGCAUCUUCAGUCUGGUCCUCAAGUUCCGCAGCCAGCUCAUCUCGCAGGCGUGGGGCCCGGCCGUACACGCCCACGGUGCAGAGCACCCCAACUUUGCCCUCAUGCAGCAGUCCUAUAACACCUUCAAGUACUAUUCCCACUUCCUCUUCAAAGUGGUGACCAAGCUGGUGAACCGCGGCUACCAGCCCCACCUGGAGGAUUUCCUGUUGCGCAUCAACUUCAACAACUACUACCAGGAUGCCUGA